AUGUUUUCCCCUCGCAAAACGCCACUGGAAACCGACGACAUUGAGCAGGGUUAUCGUAAGAUCUAUGGUGUAUUUCAUUGGUUCCUCAAAGUAGCAAUUCUGCGCAUCUUCGACGAUGACUACAUGGCUGGACCAUUCUUAACCUUCCACGUGCUCGAUAUGUCGAUCGCAAUCAUGGUAGUGAUUUUCCACUUUUUACACCACCUGCACGACCUGGACACGGUUAUCCUGAGUUCGUCAGCAUUUCUGGCCGGCUCCGAGGUGCUGUUGAAAAUUGUUGGAAUGGUUCGCCGGCGGAAGCAUGUUUGCCGGAUGCUCCAGACGGUGCUGAACGAUCGGAGCUACCGGAGCGGACCGACGGAGGCAGCUAUUUGCGGCAAAUACCAGCGUUUGGCGAGAAAACUUCUAUAUGUCACAGUCAUAUCGUACCUGACCACAUGCACGAUGCUGCUGAUAUACCCGGUUCUGUCUGGCAAACUUGGCAAUCAUGUCCUCCCGAUAGGCUACUCGAUUCCAUUUCUCGACUACCACCAGCAUCCCUGGUAUCUGGCCAACUAUAUUCUGCAGAUCGUCCAGCUGCACUGGGUGGCGAUUGUUUUCGUCGGACUGGACGGACCGUUCUACCUGUUCGUAUGUUACUCCGCUUCGCAACUCGAGAUAUUACUGGAGCAUCUAAAGCGAAUCGGACAGAAUCCGGACGCAGAUGCCGAGCAGGGAGAAUUGAUUCGGAAGAUUUUUGAGGCACACACUCGGCUCUCGGAGUUCCUGUCGGAAUGUUCCUUCGUCUACCGGGAGAUAUACCUCAUGCAGACACUCUGCACGAUCGGACACAUCUGUGUGUCGUUGUUUCACAUUCAACUGAAGUGGAACAACGGCUCGUACGGAAUGCUGCUCACGAACGUCAGCAAAAUGUGGCUCUUCUGCUACUGCGGGGAGCUCGUCGUCAGCAAAUCGGCCGAGUUCUGCAACGGGGUGUACUCUAACCGGUGGUAUCAGCUCUGGAACCGUAGGCACCUUCGUGACGUCCUGUUCAUGUUGGGCAAUGCUCAGCGGAACUACGGUUUCAGCAUCGGAGGAUUUGGGUACCUUUCCUAUCACAUCUUCACCGUGGUCAUGAAGACCGCCUACACCUGUAACGCAUUCCUGCACCGAAUAAUGAACUAG